AUGAUCAAAUCGGCCUCCUUCAGCUUCCAACCUUCUUUCCAUCUAUGUCUCGAUUUCCACAUCCCGCCGCAGCCCGACGGCCAUCUUGAAUUGGGUUCGGUGCUGCGCGGUAUCGACUUCAAUAGCGUCUAUUCCCCGCUCGAUGCCGGCGAUACCGUCGAGAUCCCUGAUGCACAACUGAAGCCGAUUUCUGAGAAGACGGGCUUCAGCCGCAACCUGAGGGAGCCGCGCAGCGUUGAGGGCAGCAUAUGGGCCAAAGUUUUUGCCAGCGACGGCCUAGGCGCCAUGUUCUCUGUCUUGCGCAAGCGCGAGAACGACGAGACCCUCACUGUCAAGAGGCUCCUCGUGCAGUACUUCAUCCCCACGCCCGAGUACAUGAAGAAGGCGCUCGAGAUCGACAAUGUCGCCCUGUAUAUCCACGCCAACAAGCGCAGGAAGCCCGGCGCCAAGCUUUCCAAAGUGCAGUCUUCGCAGAGCAAGGCCAGCGGGCAGGCUGCGGCGACCGACCCGCACUCGGUAACCACAGGCGGCGCGAGUGGAGCGUAUGAGGGCGAGAAGAGCUUCUCGUCGAGCUUUGACGGGGCGACGCCGUUCAUCCUCGGCAUCCGGGUGCGCAAGUUCUGGUGGGGCAGGGACGGCAUGAGACGUGAGGCGGAGGAUACUGUUGGGGCGACGCUUGGCGAUUCAAGGAGAUGA